AUGCUUCCGAAUGGAGAUUUUGAUACUGAGGUGUAUGAGGACGAGAAAGAUUGGGAUGAUGAGGAGGAUGGGGAGAAUGAAAGCAUGCCUCAGCAGGAGCACUUGGUGGAGAAGAGGGGGGCGAUCCUGGGGGAGGGAAGGGUGGAUAUGUGGAAUAAACUUCGCGAGCUUGCAGCAAGGUUGGAUGGUUGCCCUUGGUUAGUAGGAGGUGACUUUAAUAUUUAUGUUUCUGAGGAGGAAAGGCAGGGUAGUAUGAAGAGGCAAGGUAGGAAGACCAGAGAAAUGAUGGAGUUUGUUAAGGCGAUUAGUGAUUGUAAAUUGUUGGAUGUGGGUGCGGAUGGCCUGAAAUUCACUUGGGCAAGCGGAAAUACCUUUGAAAGGCUGGAUAGGGUGCUCCUUGGGGAAGGCUGGGCGAAUAUCUUUGAGUCAACUAGAGUAACUAAUCUUCCUAGGAUCCUUUCUGACCAUUGCCCACUUUUGGAUGACACGGGGACUAAGGGCAUGAUUAAUGUGCAGCUCAAACUGAGCCGGCUAAAGCGUAGUUUGAAAAUCUGGAAUCGGGUGGUCUUUGGCAAUAUCUUCGAAAGAUUAAAAAAGGUGAAAUGGAAGGAAGCCUCUGAAAGAUAUGAGCAGAACCCUAGCCCAGAUAUGCAAGGAGAAAUGAACAGAGCCACGGUGAAAUUCCUCCUAAGACUUAAAAUGGAGGAGGAUUUUUGGGGUCAGAAGGCGGCUCUGAAAUGGGUGGCUGAGGGGGAAAGAAAUACAAGGUUUUUUCAAGGCUGGGUGAAGCAAAAAAGAACUAAAUCAAGGAUACAUAUGAUUGAGGAGGGAGAUCAGGUGCUCACAGAUGAAAUGGACAUCAGAAACUCAGCAGAAAGAUUCUUUAAGGGGCUUCUAACUGAUGAUGUGGGGCUGCUGGAUGAACCAGACCUGGAAAUUCUCUCAGUCCUACCUCCUCAGGUGAACAUGGAACUGCUGGAGAAGGCACCUUCGGUUGAAGUAAUAAAGCAGACGGUUUUUAGCAUCAAUGCAGAGAGUGCUGCAGGACCAGAUGGUUAUUCAGCCUUAUUUUUUCAAAGUUGCUGGGAUAUCAUUGGGGGUGACGUGGUUGAGGCUGUUCUUAAUUUCUUUGCUGGAGCCCAUAUACCGCUUGGUAUUGCGGCAACCCUAAUUGUUUUGGUUCCAAAGAAGAAGGAUCCAACAAGAUGGGCUGAGUUUAGGCCUAUCAGUUUAUGUAAUGUAAUGAACAAGAUUAUCUCUAAGAUUCUUACUUCAAGAUUGGCUCUUCUCCUCCCUUUGCUUACUGUUCCAAAUCAAAGCAGAUUUAUUAAGGGGCGAUUGCUUAGUGACAAUGUGCUCUUGGCGAAGGAGUUAUUCCAUGAAAUUUGGAAAAGUGUGUCGUCCCCGAACAUGGUGCUUAAGCUUGAUAUGGAAAAAGCCUAUGAUCGCGUUCAGUGGCCGUUCUUGAUCAAAGUCCUUGGGAAGAUGGGGUUCUCGGAUAAAUGGUUAAGGCUGAUUGGAAACUAUGAUAUUAUGGUUUUCUCGCAGGCCAAAACUUCUUCACUCCGGUUGCUUACUGAAUGUUUGAGUCAUUAUAUGAAGGUUUCUGGUCAAAAAGUCAAUGUAGGAAAGAGCUGCUUCUACUUGGAUAAAAAACAUGUUGCAUGGGCAAGGGAUGUGAGGGAAGUGCUUGAACCAACAAAGGGGGCACUUAAACAGAUUGAGCAAGUGAUGGCUCGAUUUUUAUGGGGAUCUUGCAAUACUUCGAAAAAGACUCAUUGGAUUAAUUGGCAAAGAGUGUGUCUUCCUACAGAUGAGGGGGGCUUGGGCAUACGUAGCUUGGCAGAUUCGGUGGAGGCCUUUAGUCUCACAAUGUGGUGGAGGUUUAGGGAACAAGACUCCCUGUGGGCAAGAUCAAAUCGAUUCAGCCCGAUGUGGAGAAGAUUGUUUAAGGUUGGGGAUCUUUGCAAGGAAGAUGUCAGAUGGGUGGUGGGAGAGGGGAACAUCAGUUUUUGGUUUGAUUCUUGUGUGACAAAUUUUCCUUUGGCUAGCAUUUCUAAUGCCAGACCUGUUCGUACUUCUUUGAAGGUCAAGGAUCUAUGGAUGGGGGAGCAGUGGAAUGAAGUGAAGCUCUGGAUGAUGUCAGAGGAAGAGGGGCUGCCUGAGGAGGUAGUUGAGAGGAUCUUACAGAUUCCCAUUGACACUGGAGUUAGAGAUAGGGGUAGAUGGAAGCUGUCAGGGAAUGGUGAGUUCUCAACAGCCUCGGCUUGGGAGCUUGUGAGGAACAGAGCAGCCAAUAGAAUCCCUGUGGAUACAAAAAUGCAAUGGACGGGAAUUGCCCUUGCUUCCAUGUGUAGAUGCUGUAAAAACCCCCAAGUGGAAUCUAGGCUGCACUUAUUUGUUAAUGGGAAGGCGGCAAGGAGAAUAUGGCUUCACUUUGCACGAUGGUUUCCUCAUGCUUCGGAGUUUGGGGAGGUGGGAGAGAAUUUGGAAGAGAGGUUUAGGUGGUGGCAGAGGCAGCUGGGUGCUCGCUCUGGUCAUCAUCUUUGUACCAUCAUACCUUGCCUAAUUCUCUAG